AUGUCUACAGAUUUUCUUGCAACAAACAUACCAUCAGAAAAUGUUAGAAGAAUGGUUUUGCAAAAUAUUGCUUCCACACUUGAAUCUAUGGGAAAAAAUAUAAAUAUGUAUCAUUUUGCUCCUGUUGAUACAUUUUACAAUGUUGAAGAAUUUAUCAAUAGAGAAAUUGAUGACGAGCGAACUGUCACAAUUCCAAAAGAAGACUUACUUGCAUCAAAUUCCUUAAAUUCCGAACAAAAGAACGCUUAUGAUUUGAUACUACAAACCUUAUUGUCAAAUGAAUCUACUACAUUUUUCAUUGACGGUCCUGCUGGUACUGGUAAAACUUUUUUGUACAAAGCACUUCUAGCUACAAUCAGAUUAAAAAAUAUGAUAGCACUUGCAACUGUAUCGUCGGGUGUUGCUGCAUCAAUCUUACCUGGGAGACGAACAGCACACUCAAGAUUUAAGAUUCCAUUAAAUGCAGAUAAAGAUAGCACUUGUAAUGUCAUUAAACAAGGAAGUCUUGCUAAAUUGUUACGUCUUGCAAAGUUGAUUAUAUGGGAUGAAGCACCUAUGUCUACAAAAUAUUCCAUAGAAGCAUUGGACAAAAUGUUACGAGACAUAAAUGAUAUAGAUCUCCCUUUUGGUGGCAAAGUUAUUGUUUUUGGUAGAGACUUUCGGCAGGUAUUACCUGUAAUUCGUAAGAGUACAAAAGAACAACAAAUUGAUGCAAGUUUGGUUUCUUCUUACAUAUGGUCUAUCUUGAAAAAAAUCAAAUUAACAGAAAAUAUGAGAGCUAGAUUAGAUCCUAAUUUCUCACAAUAUCUAAUCGAAGUUGGCAAUGGCAAUGCUUCAAUAACAAUCGAUGAAAAUAUCAAGAUUCCAGAACAAAUGAUUAUCCGUUAUAACAACGAGGUUGAAUCUCUAAAUUCUUUGUUAGACAUUGUUUAUGGAAAUAUGUCAAACUAUUCAAACAAUUUAACAGAGAUGGCAAAUCGGGCUGUACUAACUCUAAAAAAUCUAUCAGUCGACGAAAUAAAUGCUAUUCUCAUUGACAGAUUCCCUGGCGAUAUAAAACUGGAAAAUAAAAUGAUUGUUGCUGAGAAGUCACCAAAACGUGUAGCUCAAAAUUCUCCUACAAAAUAUCAAAAUUUGGUACUCAUGGAUGUUGAGGGAAAUCAUGUGCAAGCAGUCAUUUUUGGAAAAGACAUUGACUUACGUGAUGACACGCUGAAUGUAUACCAAUCCUACUACAUUGCUAAUGCCUUCGUCAAACCAUUAGAUGCAAGACAUAGAAGGGAGGCAUAUGAGCUUCAGUGGAUAAUUAAUUCUCGAACCAUUGUCGAAAAUAUUGAAUACGACGAAUCAUCGCUUAAACCACCAGAUUAUAAUAUUGUUCAUUUAAAUCAACUUGAUAUGUACAAGGAUAAAGAUGCCGAAGUAGCAAUUAACACAAAUGCACCAAGAGAGGUUAACACAAGCCAUGGAAAAUCAUUGGUACAAGACAUAUAUGUGAUCGAUUCAAGUUUAAAGGUUCUACGUUUGGCAAUGUGGAACAAAUUUGUUCAUGAUGAAUGCCCUGAAAUUUGUAAUGUUAUUAUGCAAAAGCCAAUUAUUCUUGGGAAAAAAAUCAUAGUCUCUUCGUAUAAUGGUAUUUUCACUAUUCAACCCUUUCUUGCAUCUGCCAUUUCAUUACGUACAUGGACAACAGAAAACAAUUCGUUACUUGAAGAAAUAAUUGCCAAAAAUUUGAAUAGAACAGGCGCGUCAACUUCAGGCAGUUCUACCAAUCCAUUAAUAAAAAUAUCAGAAAUUGCCGAAACCUUAAAGUCUAUACCAGCAAUGACGAAUCAAUCUAAAUCCAUGAAGAAUUCAGCAUCAGGCACCAUGAUAAAGCUGACUGCCUCAAACUACAGUCUUUGGAAAUCUCGAAUGGAGAAUCUCUUGAACUAUAAAGAUCUGUCUGACCCCUUGGAAGAUGAAGGGAAGAAGCCAGAUGAAUUUACGGAUCAAGUGUGGAAAAAGAUGCAUAAUAAGACUAUUGGUCAGAUCAGGCAAUGA